AUGGACGGAAAAGGAACCAAGUCCCUCGGCGAAAAAGCAAAGAAGUUUAACACCAAGGGAACCAAUCAAAAUGCAGAUGCGCAUUUUAAUAUAUCAAACGGGGGCCAAAAUGACGAAAUGUUUAAAGUAUUCCCACUUGGAGAAGGUACACCUCAAGGAGAAUUCGAAAAGGGUAGGGAUCAAGCUAGCUCAUCGAUGCAAAAUGACCAUUUUGUGGACAAACUGCAACAACCCGAAUGGGAUGCAAUGUACACACGCAGCAAAACGGAAAAUAACUACAACCAAAAAAAUGUCUUACGCAAUGAAGAGUCAGAAGUGCUCACGAAGAAAAAGUCGCUUCCUCUUUCGUUUAGUCACAAAUCAAAUUACGUAAACAAGGCAGAAAAUGGGAAGAUCAAUAAGGCCAGUUCUAUGCGUAUAAGCAAGGGGGGAAGUGAAAGUAUGGAUAAAUUUUUGUCUUUUAGGGACUCAAAAAAGGGGAAAAAUGGGACCGAAAGUCACGUAGGUGCGUUCACAGCGAAAGGUUGGCCAAGUGCGGGAGACGAACCAAGCUUGCAUAAUGACACAGACGAGUUCGAUCAACUAAACGGGAAGAGCAAUCAGAAUGAGCAAGACGAUGAAAGCGAGCAGGCCGCACAAAAUGUUCAAAACGCACAACCUGAUCUUGCGGUAAAAAAAGAAGAAAGCGCAACAAAUAAUCGUAUGACAGAAAAAAAAAAUUGCACACAGGAGAGGCAACUACAUGGGCACGACUUAAAAAAGAAAAAAAAAAAAAGUAAACAAGUCCAGAAUGAAGUAAGCAAAUUCUUCACUGGAAAGGAGUUACACACAAAAAACACGGAAGGGGAAAAAGCGGAAGAAGCAGGAAAACAAGAACAGAAAGAACAAAAAGAACAGAGCGCCAUAAAAAAAUUAAUUCCAACAAAAAUAAAUGAUGAAUUGAGUGUGCUGGAAUUCAGGAAGGAGAAAAAUCGCGAAAUUAAAACAAAAUUUGAAAAAAUCUCCCUAAACUCACAAGGGAAAAAGCAUACAUUUGGAAAGCUAAACAAUAAUCAGAAAUAUUCGGAUGGCUUACAGGAGUCUUCUGAGGAACAAAUCAUGAUUCAAAAAAUUUUCAUACAACAAAGUGACACAGACGACAUAGUUCAGAAGAAGGUGAAUUCCAUUGAGAACAUUUUGGAGGAAACCGAAAAGAGGAAUAUGAAUAAUUCACUUAAAAGAGCUAAUAGCUUCAAAACGGGGAAAGAGAAAGAAAUUGGAAAUGCCAGCACGGGCCAAAGUAUCGCCGUGUUUCAUGACCACAUGGAGGAGCAAAAGGAUGAGGAGUCUACCCCCAUUUCGCGUGCACCACUUGGAGAUGAAGUCCAAAAAGUGGUGAAAAAAAAAAUUAACAAAAUGGAAAGUUAUCAUAUUCAAUCGAAUGAACAUUGCCAUGUCAACAAUGUAGAAAUGAUGAACGAAUCGGGAAGGACGUCCUCCGGCUCGUCAGACGAAUUAGUAGACAUCAAAAUAUACGACGACUCCGAAAUAGAGGAGGCGAAAGAAAGCGAAUUAGACAAAUUCUGGCUUAACAGAGAAGUAUCAUCCCUUUUGAAUAAAUCGAAACCGCAUUCUGCUAAAUAUUCAGACGAGUUCAAUUCGCGCACGCCCAGAUCUAGCGGUGGAAAAUACAUCAAUGGGUGGGGCAUCCCAACAAGCGAAGAAUAUUCACAAGGAGAAACAACGAAUCGGAAAAUAAUUUCGCCCAAAAUGAAAAGAUACGAAAGUGAUAUCAUCCCCACGGUAAAAAUGAAGGCAAAAAAUUUUGAGAAGCGAAACACAGCCGAUAAUAUAGAAAUGAAUGACAGGUACAUUAUCUUGGAAGAGCAUGACGGAGGGAUAUCUAGGACACCCAAUCGAAGACACAGGGAAGAUGCUCCGAUUGAAAAGUACACUCAUAGUAGAGACCGCACUACGAACGGUGCGGAAAAGGAAGAAAACAUGAACGACAUGGCCAGCAAGGUAGAUGCCAUAAAGAAGAAGUUAGCCCUCAUUAAUGACACCGACGUCGACCUCAUCAACUUUGAAAAUUUCGACAUGUACCAAAUCGAUUUUGAUAAAUUGGGGCUAAAGGUGGACAACUUAGAAAAAGAGGAAAAGUAUAUUUUGAUGCUCUACAUGUCGGAAAAAAAAUUGGAGUACCUCCGGGGCGAAAGAGAGGCACACAAGAUGGUCCAUGUCAGUUCGGAAGCAUUUCCAUUAAAUUAUAGAAAAAUGGUGGACGUGGAGGGGGUCACAUUAAGGGAUGAUGAGAAGUCAAUACCAAUGAGGAAGUCACCUAGUGGCAUUAGUAGCGAUGUAAGUGGCAGCAGUGAUUGUGGAUUUUUUCAGUUGGGGUUCCUGGUCGAGCUGUACCAGAGGUUGUCGAAGCAGCAGAGCAUGACGUCGAAGGGGGAGGAUAAGAACCAACCCAGCCAACCCACUGCCAACAAUGAGAAAUUCCUUCUAAAAAAAGUGCUAACAAAUUUUAUAUACCUAUUUAUGCAAGAUGAGUGUCUAGACAGACUGGUAAAAAACUAUGAAAAUAUGAAGCAAGCCAGGGGGAAGGAAGACGCGGAACGGGAAAAUUCGAAAUGUUUACACUACAUCUGUAGUAGCCUGUUACAGGGCAUUCCUAGCUGCCAUUCGUAUGAGGGGGGAGACCCCAUGGGGGCAGAUUCUUCCGAGGUGUUUUACAAAAUAGUAGAAGAAAUAGGAAUCAAGUUCCUAUGCAACGAUAAAGUAAUGGGGAAAAUAAAACAAGUACAAAUUAUUAAUAACAUGUUAAGGGAGGAAGUUAGAACCUAUUCCAUCAAAGUUGCAUGCAUGGAUAAAUUUUUCGACAUAGAACCAAACUUCAUUGAAGAAGCUGAGAAAGUCGUACUUGGAGAAAACAUCGGGUUCUUUCAAAUGCACACAUUAAAAAUAAAUUAUACAUACAACUAUCAUACCCAUGAGAGGAAUACAAAAUUGCUCCAUCAAAAUAGCAACCCUGUUUGGAAUUUUUUUUAUGGCUAUUUUAACGACAUUUACAAUUGGUAUAGUGAGAAGAAUGGAAGGGAUUUUUCUCCCCAGGGUGAGGUAGAAAAUGCAGAAAUUAAUAAAGACAUGGUUUCUUCGAAAAGGGUCUCCAGGAAUUUUAUCAAAACUAAGGAUCAGUCUAGCGGGGUAGAGGAAGGUCCUCUCAGGAAGGAUCACAAAGGGAUGAAUGCUGAUCAGGUGCCACCACAUCCAUUAGACGGCAAGAGUGAUAAGGAAAAGAAUCGAAUUCAUCCGGGGAGUACUUCCUCCCACACAGUGGAAACCAAACAAAGCGAGGAACAGGAGGAUCUAAGCGAAAACAAGACAGAUGCAAAAAUGGAAUCAUUUAACAUUAUGGAAAAGAAGAAACAUCUAGCCAAUAUAAACUCUAUGGAAAGGACAAUAUUGAGUAAUUCCACCAGGAUUGAAGAAUGUCCACUAGAAAGUAACACGUCAAGUGUAGAUAAUUUAAUUUCUUCGGAUUAUAACAACCUAGGAAAUAGUAGGGGCUAUGGUGAUUUGACACCCUUCGAGGGAGAUCUCCUCCCGGAUGUUGAGAAAAGUCCACAACCCGAUGGAGGCUGCUUGGAGGAUGAAUGUGGGAGCCAUUUGACUGAUAAAAUAGGUAUUGAUCCCUCAGGUGACAUCCUUAGCGGCCGAAGGAGCAGCAUUAAUCGAAUAGAGACCAAGACGGAACCAAUUCCAAAUGAGCAAAAAAAGAAGAAGAAAGAUGAAAUACAGGAAUCGCACCUAGUUUCGUUUAAAUACAAAGGAUCCAUACCAAAGGGGGAAAUAAACCAAAUGAACAAUAUAAGUAGAGCUAAGAACAAAAAUACAAUAGGGUGCUACCUCUCUGCACCAAGCGAUGAAAAAUUGAUUGCUGUUCAAAUAAAGAAUGACAAAAUUGAAAAUGUGCCUGACGCGCAUUUUCUAGUGGAACGGUGUAAUAAGUACAACAAAGAAUAUAACGACUCCUUUGUCCAUAUAUUAAAUUCGAGAACAAAAAGUUACCUCGCUGUAGAUCUUCAAAGCGGGAAGUUCCUCUUUACGAGGAAAUACGAUGACGUGUUCUUUACAGAUGAGAGCAAUGUGGAACACAGGGUAUGCACCUACUUCCAGCUGCAGUCCAUAUCUGACUUGAUGAAAAGCGUGAUCAUCGAAGACCUGGUGCAGAGUUUGGCCGACGUGGUUCUGCGCUAG